GUUAUGGCAGAACCCCAUACAGACAGUGAUCAGUGUCCGAGACAGGCGGGUCUUUAAUAACGUGGUUUCUAUCUGCAGGUGUUAUGGCAGAACCCCAUACAGACAGUGAUCAGUGUCCGAAACAGGCGGGUCUUUAAUAACGUGGUUUCUAUCUGCAGGUGUUAUGGCAGAACCCCAUACAGACAGUGAUCAGUGUCCGAGACAGGCGGGUCUUAACUGAUAUGAGGAUCAGUGUUGAGAGACCCUUUCUCAGUGACUGGAACCUUCACAUACGUAAUGUCUCGGUAACAGACAGAGGGGAAUACAAGUGUCAAAUAAACACAGAUCCUGUGAGAUCAAAAAGGGUGAAGCUAGUUGUCCAGGUUCCGCCAACCAUUAUAGACUACACAGAAUCCAAUGACGUGAAGGCACGCGUGGGUGACCAUGUAGAACUCAUGUGUAAUGCAACAGGGAUACCACCCCCUGUUAUCACCUGGUACAGGCUAAACGUGUGGACAUCGAAAAUUAGAGAAAAGGUUGGAAAAGAAGGGAACGUGUUACGUAUACACAACAUCACGCAGUCGUGUGCCGACACCUACGAGUGCUUGGCCAAUAACAGUGUUCCACCCGUCAUGAAUAGACAGAUUCAGGUCACCGUCGAGUAUCCUCCUCAAAUUCGCCUGCUCAAUUCCCGGAUAAGUCAGAUGGUUGACAAGGAGACAAUUUUGGAAUGUAAAAUCAGUGCCUCACCUCUCGGUGUUACAUCAUGGACUAGGAAUAACAAACGUCUCACUAACAGUAUUAAAUAUGAGCUUGAUAUUUACAACGACGGCCAAGCCAAUGUCACACUCAGUCUGCGGAUAGCUCACAUAGAUCGUUCUGAUUUCGGAGACUACGUCUGUGAGGCCUCAAACAGUUUAGGAAAAACAAAAGCGAUUAUGAAGCUUGUAGAGGUAUUUCCAAUAACGACAACAACACCUGCUCCGUCAACGACGACGACAAUACCACGACACAUUGUUGUCCUGGAUGACAGCAAUGAUGACCGUAAGAGAACGCAUGGCAGAAAUAACUGGGACGGCAAUAAUGGCUUCUUGGAUGAAAACAAAUGGCAAAGGACCAACUGGAAUACACAAGCACCGGGUAAAAAGACCCGUCACCCCAGUAUCCAGAUACCCAGACAGAAAACACAGUGCAGAACAGCCACUCACAGGUGUUUACGGCACAGGGUCGUAUAGUGCUGGAGCUAAACACGCUGCAUCUUUAGUGAGUGUUGUUCUAGCAGUUAUGAUGUCAGUUGCCUUCAGCUGCAGGUCUAGUGCUUCAAACAGUCAGUAAUAUUCACUCACGAAAGACUGUUUGGAUAAACGGAGAAAUGCAAACACAUUUUGAACGAUGUGAUCUGGUGACAAGGGUUUGUGGAGGAUACCAUCACUGUUGACAGAUGUGCAUAUAGAGACUGUGGUCCUGUGGUCGUUCAGAUGAACAUUUCUUCCUUCAAGGAACUGCUAGACAUAUCUUCAGUGCGAAGAAUACUAGGAUGGGAUCCUGUGUGGGACACUACUGUCUUGAGGUGGAUGUUAUGUCCAACACCGAGGUAGCCGAUUCUAAGCUGUAUAUGAAUAACUACAUGUGGACGAUGUGUUCUUUAACGAAACUCCAGGAUAAACGCAACCAAAGAAAUAUGGCUACAAAAUUAGAUUGUUUUGUUUCAUACAUUAUGUGCCUCUUAGGUAGAGGUAUAUAACAUGUUUAUGUAGACUUUCGAACUUGGGUAGACGCACAACGAUGAGGCUAUUCCAUCAGAAAGUGUGAUCACUCUCGUGCUUUAGCUCAGCCAUUUCGAGGAUACAAAAUGGAGUGAAAGUAACUGAAGUAGUGAGGCAUGGAACACAAGAGGAAACGGACCUAUUUGAUUUUUCCAUUGUAUGAUUUAAAGGACACAUUGUUUGCUCAAAACAUAUGGAAAGUCAUGUGUAUCAAUAUUCGUAUCCGAGUGUUAAUGUAUGCCCCAGCACAAGAUAGGAUCAUGCUUUGUUAAACUAGUAACGGAUAUGAUUGUAUGACUGGUUCUAUUUUGUGACAAGAGGUAACUCAUGAUUUCCAGUUGACCUUGAAUAGCAAAUAUGAACUGGUUCAAAAGAUGGACGUAGUUGCAUAACAUGUUUGCCUUUCUCCCUAGAGAGGACGACAUGAAUCCAUUCUUCCCCAGUUCCUUUUUCGACAAUCACACGAUGCUAGUGAAUACUGAAGUCACGGCAGUUUCUAUGUAUAGAGGUCUAUGGAGUUUCGUGGAAGUCAACUUUUAUUUUCAACACAAACAACCAAACAAGAGAUGAAGUAUUUUUACAUUGGUAAUGUAUAUUUGUUUAGAGUUACAUUUGGAUGACCUUUAUGAUGUUGUGUGUUGGAAGCAUAAGCUAUAUCACGAUGACUCAGUAAUCGUUUUUGUAUUGAGAUACUUCAUCUGACUUCAUAAAUAAAUCUUAACACAAAACAAUUUGAUACUACCCAUGACAAAAUUACUCAUUACACGGUAGGAACAUUACGCGGGUGUAUCCCGUCAUUCUUGAGUACAAGUGAUCUUGAUUAGUUGUGUACUGUGGGUACUAUGAUAUCAGUGUUUGGGUGACAACAAACAGAUGACAUCUGACACCCUUGUGACACCCUUGUGACAAUCCAAGGUAACUGGUUUGCUUGUCACCCCAGACGUAUCCCAAGCCUUACUUUAGGUUGAGGCAGUAUUGGGUUUGUAAUUUAGUCUUGCGGUACUCUCACCUUCCAGUUGUCUUGGAUCAUGUUUUAGAAAUCCCAAGUGACUGAAUGUACUUAAACGCUGAUCGUUGUGGCGCACAUCAGCUUAUUUUUAGGACUUGGUUUUAUUUACAAUUGUGUCGCAGGCCUGUUAUCAAAGUAGUCUGUUCUACGCCAUGGUGCAUUUGAAUAUAGCUACAUUUAGUUGUUGAAUUAAACAAGGCGGCCACUGAUGUGCUUGAUAUCAUUCUCGGUAAACGAGUAUGAGAAAACAUUGUAGGUUUCAUUGGGUCCCUACUUAUUGAAAGUGUUUGUUAUUCAUAUAAAUCAUAAGGUAAGCCAGGUUUGCUGUCUGUACCUCCAGGGUAUGCACAUUUUUAUAUUUUCAAUGCUCGGGUCCAAGCUUACAUUUACUCUCUCAAUGUGUUUAAUAAUAUGUCAGCAAUAGCGUUUACAUUUCAAACAGUGAAACAAGCCUAGUUUCUUGAUCAUAUCAUGAUAAACGUUAUUUCAAAACUCAUCACAAUAUUCUAAUAUGUUCUGUCUUUACCUGUGAUUUUUACUGUAAUUCAUAUCUUUAAUGUUUGUCAUGUGUUCUUAAGGACACACGCCAAACUCCAUUUGCCAACAGAAUGGAUUAUUGUUGGUGGUUUGAUGCUUGUAUGUAGCAUGUUGAUUGGUAUUACGUAUUUUGAGAAGAAUCAUGACACAGCAUACAUACUUGAUGGGUUCUCUUUGUAUAUAGUCCGGCUAAUAUAAAAGAUAAUGUAUUUUAUUUGUUCAUUUCUACGAGGCCUAUCAGCUAGGUAUUAAAAGCCUCAUUAUGCUUUCGUGGACUGAAAUGUUUUUUUUCGUAAUUUACUGUAAAUAUUAGUUGAGUCAUUAAAAUGUUACAAAAUGUUA